AUACAUUUUUGUCUCCAUUGCCGUUGAGUCAUCAGACUUCACUCGUACUCAGCCACAGCUACCCUUGUUGAUAUUAUGCGUCUUAUUGCCUGUUCCGUGUCACUGCUACCUUCCACUGUCCUUUUGCAUAUUCCUUCCUGGCUGCUUAGGAUUGUCCAUGACUUCUCACCAGAGUCAGCCUGUUUAGCUAAAAGCCUUCAAAUUCUUCUCUCAGUUUCAACCACCCCAGCCUGUUCGCCUUGGGACCACCAACCUUGGAUACCUUUCAAGUUUCCUGCUGUUUCUUCCUGUCUCAUGCGAGAACCAUCCAGACGAAGAAAUACCCCACGGCCCCGGACUGGGAUGAUGUACUGCCCGUCCGUGAUUCUAGCCAUUCGCGCCCACGGAACCAAGUAAUUGGAAG